UAUAUAAAGCAUGCAAAAAGCAGAAUAAGCAGCAGCACAAGAGAGUGAAAGUGAUCAGUAUAUAUCAGAAGCAAUAAUGGCUCCACCACCUUCCAACGGCGUCGUUUCUCCAUUUGUGUGUCUGAUCGUAAGAGUGCUAACGCUGAUUUGCCUGCUCAUAUCGCUCAUCCUCCUCACCACCGCCACCGCUACCGCUUCUGUUUCUGAUUACGGCGACAUCAAAGUCAGAUUUAAAGAUUUCAGGGCUUUCCGAUAUCUAUGUGCGGCAAUCGUGAUUGGGGUGGCGUACACACUCGUGCAGACCGCCUUCACAGUAUUCCAAGUCAGCACCGGCACUCGAUUCGGAGGAAAUGGCCUCGUCUACAUUGAUUUCUAUGCUGACAAGGUAUUUCAUCAUUCUGUGUAUGCACACCACUAUUCAUUAUUU